AAUGUGGAACGACGACUAGACGUGCAAUCCUGAACCGUGCGAGAGGAGUGGGAGCUGGGUGUAAAAUGUAGUCGGAAGGAAGAAGACUAGGAACGCAAUAAGGAAAAGAAUGGGUCAAACCGAUGACUACCACCGAAGGAGCGGCGCAUGGGAUUCAUUCAUAAGAUAAGUGAAGAGCGCACUGUACACGCGAGCUGCAGAAGGAAAGCAUUUCUUUCCACGGCGCAGACUUUGGCGGCCAACGGAGCUGUACAGCGGCCUGGAAAAGCCGGUAGACCAUUGUAGGAUGCGAGCAUAGUGCCGUUCGUGUCGUUGCGCAAUGGUUGGUAUCAUAUCGUACGGUAAUAGGAAGCGGAAAUCGGAUUGCUUUAGUCGUUCAAAACGCUCUCGGCAAGGGGGAGGCAGCGCCGGCAAUGGUAGUAGCGCGAGCAGCAGAAAGCGAGGACCGAAAAAAAAGGAACGGCACACGCGCAACCGGAAGCGUGCUCGAAGGAAAAUCGCCAAACGUGAAGCAGCAGCGCACGCGGCUCGGACGCGGCAGUCGGCACCGGACUCUACUUUAGCGCCAGAAGUGUCUAGUGAGAUUUCUGCGGUGAGAAGUGAGUUCUGCGGUGAGAAGGCGGUGAGAGCAGUUCUCACUUUUGACACUCACUUCAAAGUGUCAAAAGACGAUCUGAAGAAGAAGAAGACGACGACGAAGAAAAAAGGUGAAGGUGGUGCAGGUGGAGAAGGUGGAAGUGGAGAAGGUGUUGGCGAGCGUAUUAUGUGCGAAAAUAACUCCGGCCCGGGCCCCGGUCCUGGCGCGGGAGGACGAAAGCGUGGCCAUCAGCAUCAUCCCCGAUUUUCGGGCACAAGGCAAUCGACCGUUCCGGCCGAGGAGGUCAUCGCUGCACUUCGCGGAAACGGUGGAAAUCUGUCGUCAUCUUCUCUGUCAUCUUCCGCAUCUUCGCUGAUAGUGAUAUCUCCGACUGCUGCUGGUGAUUCGGGCGGAGGCGAUGAAGAAAGCGCUAACACCACCAACAACAACAGCAACAACAACCAUCACCUUCACAAUGCACCUCUUCUGCCGGACGCGGAUAGCAUCACCGAGCUGGAGCACGACGAAGAUGCAACUAGCUUUGUAAAUUAUGGUAUCGACAGCCCCCUACACAACCGCAUCACGACAGGAGCAAGCGAGCCCCAGUGGGAAGAACCCACUCCGGAACCAGAGGACGAUCUACUCAAUAAUAAUCGCAGCAGCAGUGUCCGUAGCAGCCUUAGUCCAAAACUUGUGAUAGCACCCACCGAGGAGAAGGGUGCCAGCGAUGAUUUGCAGUCAGGGGUAAAAGCUGAACCCGAAGACGAUGAUGAUGGUGGCAGCGAAAGUAUAGAACUGCAGCUAGACAAGAUUACGAGCGGGAAGGAGCUCGUCCAGCAAAUUAGCAAGAAGCUGAAACGAAGCAAGAAAAGUCCACAAUCUGACGACACACUAGGAACCACGAAGAAGAAAUCAUCCUCUUCUAGUAAGAAAUCUUCAUCGAAGAGUGGCACCAGCACUUCGACACCAGGGACUGAUGGGAAGCGGAGGAAAUCGAAGGCAGCAGCAGCGGCAGCGGCAGCCGUCGCAGCAGGAUCCGAGCAACGAACAUCGAGGGAUGACGAACAUAGCAGUGAGCUGAUCUGCGUAAUCGGAUUGAUCGACGGGACGCAGGGUUACGAAUCCGGUGGACUGGCACAUGGUGGCGACUUCAAGGAGGGUCACGAGGAGACGGAUCCGGAUGCGGCGGAAUGGGCCAAAUUGCGUUGUACCAGCGAGCGAACCGAGGUCAUCGCAGAGCGAGAACAUCGGAGGCAAAAACGAUGUGCCGACUACCCGGGACUGGCGUUUGGCCGCUCGAUUUUCAGCUCGGAUACGAUGAUGAAGUUCAACAUUAUUCGAAACGAGCUGCACAACAUCAUGAAAACGCAGCUAAAGCGGGUAAAUAUUUGCCAAAUUUUACUUGUUUCAACCUCUUCCACUACCCGUCUGACCAUCAACUGAGAGAAACCGUUCCGAACCAAAGAACGGGUGCGUUCGAGUGCGAUCCUCUCGGUGAAGGCAUUCGGUAGCCGAUGGUGUGUGUUUCUAUUUUUAGCGAAACGCAGUUCAGAAACAGAAUUUCCAUGAUGGUACCAAGGGAGCUAUACCAUAGGGAGAUGUUUACGCCGAAUAUGAUUUUGCGCCUGCGCCAUGUUUCUGACCACUACGAUCACCGGCGGACCAUUGCUGCCCUAGACACAUUCCAAUUUCUUAAAUCAACGCGAAGCAGAGGAUGACCAACCGCAUGGCGCUCUGUAUACGUUCUGCACACGCGUUCUGCACAUAUUAUGAGAUCAUCGUCCUGUUAAAUAGUACUUUAGAUGCCUGAAGGUAUCCGUAACAUACAGUGAGUCUUUUUUGUAUUGAAAGAGAUCUCUUGAAUCAGCAAAUACUGUUAACUGAUUAACAAUGAUCAGUUAAACUUAUAAAAGCGACGAAAAUUUUAGCGUUCUUGUUGAUCGUAAUUCAACAAGUGAUUAUGGGGGUAUGGGGUAGCGAUGUUCUGCCCGAAGAUUAGGCGUAAUUUAUCCCAUAUUCAAGAAGGGAGAUAAGUUAGACUCCAAUAAUUAUAAGGGCAUUAAGGUGUUGAAUAUUGCCUACGAAAUAUUCUCCCUGGUCCUUCAGAACCGACUUGAUCAGUACCUUAUCAGAGAAAAACCGUUAGAUGAUACAACACCGCUGAUAAGAUUGUCACGAUUACACAGCUAAUAUCAAUGAUGAAAGAGUUUAGAAGGAUCAUGUAUCAUCUGUUCAUAAAUUUUAAGGCUGCCAAAGAAAGCAUAGCCGUAGCAUAUGACGCCAUGCGAGCCUUUGAAUAAAACCUUAGAAACUGAUAAGGCUAGUAUAAAUGAUCAUGAUCAACGCUGCAUGUUAAGUGAGGCUGAAUGAAAAAUUCGUAAGCUCCUUUGCUACCACGUCGUACUAUUAGGUGACAAAAAGCUCGAAGUCGUCGAGAAUUUCACCUACAUAGGGUCAAGAUUUAUAUGCGGUCAUAUACGGGUUCAGAUUAAACGAACUUUGUUAGUCCAUGAUCCUAGUGGGGCCAGGCCGCCGGUAAUCUAAAAUGACCGAUUUUAUAAUAUUUCUUCCUCCAAAAAAGAAAUAACUGUAGCAGGGGGAUAAUUUGAUAAAAUCUGAUUGGAUAUUAUGUCGUUAGCCAAGCUAGAUGGGUGAUGCGUUUCAUUGCAAAGGGUUUUAGGAAAUGUAAACCAGUGCAGUGUAAUUGACAGAGGUCUGCUUCGAGGUAUGGUAUCAAUUUGGAAUUGUUACUGUAUGUGUGUAUCCUGUUAAACCGUUACCAUCUUUUUCGCUUUCUUCAAUGAUAAUCAAAGCGAAUUAAGCUGUAAUGAAUGAUAAAUACUUUUCUCGUAGUUAUUUGUUGUUUUGCUUUCUCCAUGAUUGCCAUGGUACGGUCAUCGGUGUAUUGAGAGGCCGAAAACAGAUGCGUACGUGUGUGCCACCUUACUUGGUGAAGGAGGCUUCUGCUCAUACUGCUGGUGCUAUCUAUUGAACUGCAAUGGAACAUUGUAGGAUGAUUUUUUUUUUCGACGAGUUUUUUGAGUCAUAUUUGAGUUAUAUAUUUUCAAUUUUUGCCUUUGCUCUCACCAGCUUCGCACAAUAAGAUGCGAGAGUGUGAGCGAGCGAGUGAGCGAGAGGGAGAGAGACCAUCUAUUAUACAAGCGAUUUGCGCUGGUUUAUUGCACCGCAAAAGUAACGAGACCGCGUUAAUAUUUAUACAUUUCAUUACGGAGUUGGCUUUUCCUGUCUCGAACACGGUCAGUGUACGGGGUUUGCACCCCACGAAGCGAGCAACGGCCAACAAGAAGCAAAACGAAAUCGCCCGAUGGCAACGAUGCAGAACGUUUUGUUACAAAAGGGUGGUGAUUUUGGUUAUUUAGAACGCGGCGAUCCGGAUACGAUCUUUAUCGUCAACUAGAAACCAGAAAGACUUAAUCGGUAGAGUAAAGCAGAGCGCCUGUUUUUUUUGUGAAAAUCCAAUAUUUUGGUUCCAGUGUGAGGAAACUCAAUCUUUGCAUUUAUCGUAUAGCUUUAAGCUGAAUAACGGCUGCUUAGCAACGGUCAUUGGUAAAACAUCGCUCUGAAAAGGAUCGUUGACGGCCUCGUCGUUUGCAAGGCCACAAGACAUGAGGCGCCAUCGUACUUGGCACAAAUUGAUCCAUCACCCGCUUUAAUCGCGACGAAUGCAAUGAAAUAGAGCUUCAAAGUUCGAUUCGGUUAAGGGCUCUAUCACUUGGAAAUAUUGUCACAUGAUUAAUUAAAUUUUAAAAAAAUCGAAAUCAGCUCUUAAAAGUAGUAACAGAAACACCCGUGUAAUGUGAGGUAGAAGGAGAAAUAGCAACGCGGGGCUGCCUCGAUCACGUAUGGCGCCUUGUUUCUUUUUUUUACAUUCUUCUGAAUGUCGGGCGCGAGAUGGCAUUGAAUUUUAUGAUAUAGUCGUAAGGCU